UGAACCAAAUGUACUCUCAUCACCUGUAUUCGGAAAUGAGAGUUGCAUAUAUGUUAUCAUGACUCAUGAAUUCUUCAAAACGGGGAAGAUUCAGCUCCAGUUAGAAAAACUCAAAAUGAAUGUUUACAGCUCCAUAAGUUUGUCUAAUGAUGUAUAUGAAUCAUGUCUGCGAUACACCAUCCUAGCUCAUAUAGCUCCGCAGUGGAACAAAGUCGGCGAGUACUUAGUACAAGGUCGUAAUUUCUUGGAUAAUGAAUCACCGAUGAAUGCUGUGAAGAUGGACAUUGGGAUGAAGAACAACGAGAUGUUCCUUGUUCUAUGGCCCGCAAGAGUCCGCUUCAACAAAAUGGACUUUCAAGACCUGGAUGUUUCUUCAAAAAUGAAAGAGCAAGUUCUGUCUGAUAAAAGUGGGGAGAAAAUUCAAAUGCAUAUAGGAGAUCAAAUGAUUCAUGUACUCCCUAGGCAAGUAUAUUGUAUCUCAAUAUGGGUGUACCAUAAAUAA